GCUGCGUCCUUUUUCCCCGGCAUGCUCCGCGCCCCUAAAAGGAGGGCCUAAGACUACAUUUCCCAUCGUGCCUCGGGACGGAGACAACAAAAUGGCGCCGGUGGAACACGUUGUGGCCGACGCUGGCGCCUUCUUAAAGGGAGCUCCUCUGCAGGAGAUUGGCAAAAACAUCUACACGAUCCGGGAGGUGGUGACAGAGAUCCGGGACAAGGAGACCAGGAGGCGUCUGGCGGUCCUCCCCUACCAGCUCCACUUCAAGCAGCCCUUCCCUGAAUACGUCCGGCUGGUGACCGAGUUUUCCAAGAAGACCGGUGACUACCCCAGCCUUUCGGCCACAGACAUCCAGGUUCUGGCCUUGACUUACCAACUGGAAGCCGAGAACGUUGGUGUUGCUCACCUGAAGAAGGAGCCAGAGCAGAAGGUGAAGCUCACCUUGACGAAACAGCACCCAGAAGCGCCCAUCCAUGUCGCUGGCUUUCAUCUCCCUUCCAAGACCAAGCACUCAGGGCGUGAAAGGCAGCCUUCAACAUCACAGAGCCAAGAACGUACAGACACAGUUGGCUCCGAAUCCUCCGAAUUUGGCUCCUUCCUGUUUUGGAGGAACCCUCUGCCCAGUAUAGAAGAAGACCUGCAGGCCUUGCUGGUGAGGAGACCUGGGCUCUCCCAACCCAAGGAUGCUGAUGCUGUCCGCAUUGAGCCUGAAGGCCCCAAAGGCCCGGAGAGCGACGAGGGGGACAGCGGAGAGGACGGGGACGAAGAGGAAGGCUGGAUCACGCCCAGCAACAUCAAACAGAUCCAGCAAGAACUGGGCCAAGGAGAUGAGCCUGAGGGCGUGCAGGUCGGCUGCAUGACCACUGACUUCGCCAUGCAGAACGUCCUGCUGCAGAUGGGGUUGCAUGUCCUGGCAGUGAAUGGGCUCCUGAUCCGCCAUGCCCGGAGCUACAUCCUGCGCUGCCACGGCUGCUUCAAGACCACCUCAGAAAUGACGCGACUCUUCUGCCCCCAUUGUGGAAACAAGACUCUAAAGAAGGUGGCGGUGACUGCAGCUGAUGAUGGUAGUCUCCACAUGCAUUUUUCCCGGAAUCCGAAGGUCCUGAACCCGCGUGGGCUCCGGUAUUCCCUGCCUGCCCCUCAAGGUGGGAAGCAUGCCAGCAACCCUCACCUGACAGAGGACCAGCACUUCCCUCAGCAGCGGCUCUCCCGCAAGGCCAGGCAGAAGAUCAACGUCUUCGACCCCGACUACAUUGCAGGAGUCUCUCCCUUUGCGGAAAAUGACAUUUACAGCCGGGCGGCUAACCUCCAGAUCCGGGAUGCGGCGCUGGGAGCAGGCCGGAGGCGUAUGAACCCCAACAUGGCCACCAAAAAGUUUGUGAAGAAGAGGUGAAGCGAGGUGCGGCCUCCAUCAUGUCUGUCUCUGGAUUGGUGACUCUGAGAGAGGAGGCUUUUCUCUGCCUGCCGUGGCAGAGGUUUGGACCUUCUGCUGGGCUGCGUUGGGUGGCAAUAUCUGCAGAUCCUGCAGACUUCUUAGGCCACAGACAAUGGUGGUUGGGAGAGCAGUGGAGUGUCUGGGGAAGACAGAAUACCUGACCCUUGUGCCAUCUGGAAAGUCAGCUUCCUCUUGGGCAGAUUGAGCCACAGCCGUUUCUGAAUAAACCAGCAUCCCCCCCCC